UUUUUCUUCUUCUACCUUUAUCCCUCCCUUAGAGUCUAUAGAUCGGUUUGGUUUAAGUUAAUUUGUGAUAUCAGUUGGUUGUAGUAAGUUGGAUAUCGCGUAGAGAAGAAGCCGCGGUAGAUGCACGGUCGUGGAUACUACAGAUAUUAAGAUAUUACACUGCGUCGAUUGUUAUCAUUUUGAGUUUCUAGUUUAAAUCUAUAAAUACGAAUAAAUGCCGGUUAAUUGUUAAAAAAGAAAUUUGACAAAAAUAUAAGUGUCAUUUAAAGUUUUUUUUAUAACUAUUUUUAAUUCUCCGUUCUGGAAAAUCUAAAUUCCUAUAAAAAUAAAUAAAACUGCGUUAAUAUUGUGAGUUGUGUCAUUUAUUGUGAUUACUUGAAUAGUUUUAUAUGAGAAAAAGUGUCAUAAAAUUUAUUAUAUAAAGUGCACGGAAAAUUUGUAAUUUAAUUUAUUUUUAUUUUACUGACGAUCGGCGGUUAUAGUUACUUAUUAAUUCUGCAAAAUGGUCACAACUAAUUAAAUUUUAAAUACUGUUUAAAAACACAAAAUUUAACGAUCUGUGUGUAGUAUAUGAUCUCAGCUAAAAACUUAUCAGGAUAAGAUACGAUACACAAAUUUUAAGUUGCUUUCAAGAUGACUUUUGUGCUGCUACCUUGCCUAAAGGGGUUCUCAAUCCCCAAGAGAUUCAACAUCGCGGUGAUGUUGUUCAUGAUGUGCCUUAUGUCUUAUAUGGCCCGGGUAAAUUUUUCAUUAAAUAUUAUUGCCAUGACCAAACCGAAGAACAGCUCUGAAAUAGUUCCUGAUCAAGGACCACGUUAUGAAUGGGAUCAAGAUGAUCAAGCCUUACUUUUGGGUGCAUACUUUUAUGGUUAUCUCAUAACUUCUCUACCAGGUGGAAUGCUUGCUGAAAGGUUUGGUGGAAGGGCUGUUGCUGGUUAUUCUUGUAUUUUAACGGCAAUUUUCACUGCCUUGACACCUUUUGCAGCCUCCUGGGGUGUAUGGGCAGUCUUUUUGGUGCGUUUCAUUAUUGGAUUUCUUGGGGGUGUAGUGUAUCCUUGUUGUCACUGCCUCAUAUCAAAAUGGGCGCCACCAGUGGAAAAAGGAAAAUUCGUGGCAGCUUUAAUGGGUGGAACUUUCGGUACCGUGAUUACAUGGCCUAUUAGUGGCCUUAUCGUCGAAUCAAUGGGAUGGCCUUGGGCAUUUUACAUGGUUGCCAUAUUCAUCGGUCUUGUAACCCUCGUAUGGUUCAUUAUUGUUGAUGAUAGUCCCGCGCUGCACACAACAAUAUCAAUUGAAGAGCGUGAUCUUAUAUUAAAUUCCUUAGGAGGUUCUGUGUCCACGAAAAAGAAGUUACCACCAUUCAAAUAUGUGGCAUUGUCGUUGCCUUUCUGGUCAUUGUUGUUGCUUCACUACGGUAACAUGUGGGGACUGUUCUUCCUUAUCACAGCAGCACCGAAAUUCAUGAGUGAGGUCCUAGGAUUCAACCUUUCAUCAGCAGGAUUUUUGUCCAGUCUUCCCCAUUUGGCAAGACUAAUAUGUGCCUUCGGAUUUGGAGCAAUUGCUGAUAUAAUAAGACGCAAGGAAUUGAUAUCAGUUACGAAAAUUAGGAAAAUUUUCUGCAUUCCAUCACAUAUCAUCCCAGGAGUCUUUCUUAUCAUUUUGGCUUAUUUCGGUCGAGACCCUUACGUGUGUGUAGCCAUAAUUACAUUUUCUCUUGGUUUUAAUGGAGCUGCAACCGUCACAAAUUUAGCCAACUCACAGGAUUUGGCUCCCAAUUAUGCAGGAACACUUUACGGAACUAUAAAUUUUGUUGGAACAACCCCUGGUAUAUUUUCACCAAUGAUCGUUGCAUAUUUCACCAGAGAUGAGAAUACAAUUGAUCAGUGGCAAAAUAUUUUCCUGAUUGGUGCUGGGGCAUAUAUAGUUCCUGCGAUCAUAUUUUCGAUCUUGGGAUCGGGCAAGAUUCAAAAGUGGAACGACAUUGAUAACGACUCGAACGAAAAAGAUGUAGCCAAUACAAAAUUAUAAAAGCAAAACACAAUAAAUUCAUACUUGAUAUUUUGAUAAAGA